UUGUCUCCGUAGCUGAGAGUGGUCGAUCUCGCGUGUGUGGGUGGUUUUUUUUCACUCUUAUCCCGCUGUUCUUUCUGCGUCACCACCUUUCCAAAACGCUGUAAUGUUUGCCGAAGUAUUCAAAAAGGAUUCGAUGCAGGAUGAAGAAUACGCGGAAUGUUACGUUUUUGAUAAAACGAUGCUAUUAUCCAAGACUGAUCUGGAGUCGUAUUCGACGUGCGAUUACGACGAGAAUAUUAUAAGAAAUUUCCAUCAAAAGCAGUCUUCCUACGCUCAGUCUGAGGGUUAUCACAGUUACGUAUCGAGUAACGAUUCCGCUAUCAUCGCCCAGUUCAACGAUAGAUCGCAACUAGAAAAUGAUAUCAUAGUGUCAGCAGACGAGAACCUAUGUUCGUUGAAAGAUUGCGGCGGCAGUGGCGGCGGCGGCAGCGGCGAUUGUCGAUCUUCCAUCGAUAGUACGGGCAAAUUACACAAUCCGUACAAUUCGUGCAAUGUAAAAGGUGCCAGUUAUGAAAGGUGUAACGCUCAACAUAUCGCGCACAGCGCUCGAGUUCAAACUCCGCAAAGACACUACUCGGAGAGUGUACAGUAUUUGAGCACGAAUCCCGGUCCAGGUUCUGGUAUCGGUCCACCAGCCAUGACCACCAAGGCCUAUUACCAGCCGAGCUCCAGCAACGAACGCUCCGAUCAAAAGCACGGUACCGCAAUUAAUAGUCAAUUAAGAAAACUGUAUCCGGUUAAUACCUAUUGCAUUCAGCCAAAUUCUUGCCCGAGUGUUGCGACGAGCUAUUCAAAGGCUUGCGAAUUGACCUCAUCAAAUGCCUCAAAAUUGCCCGGUUGUUCGAAGAAGUCAUUCUUCGAAUCGGAAAGCAUGCAAUGCACGACGAGACAAAACGAUCACAGCGGAGGUCGAUCAGCGGCCGAGUACACCUUCCUAGAUCCGAGUAAACAGCGAAUAGUAUCGAAUCAAAAUUUAAAAGUGAUACAGAAACAAGCUUUGAUAUCGUAUUACGAACGCCAUCAUUCGACAUGGCGCUCGGAGCCACAGCUAUCGACAAAUUCGUCUUCGAUGUCCGUAGCACAAUCUCGUCCUAGAAUGCCAUCGCCUACAUCUUGCCAUUCGCUUUGUUCUGCUCAGAAUAAAGAUUGCUGCGAUACCGAUAAAAACUCGGUUGCAUCCGGUAUCAGUGCGUAUAAAAGUGAUAAUCUUGCUUUGGACUAUCCCGCCAGUGUCAUCGGUAAUAUUCCAGAAAGCGGUAGUUACAUUAAUAAUAGAUGGAAACCAGCAACAGCAGCCAUGACCAAAAGUACACCAUCAUCUCAGAUAGGUAUUCCAUUCGACGAAGAACGUGCCCCCGAAUUGCCACCGAAGAAAAACCAGCUAAGUCUGCAAACCAGCGCCAGACGUUUGUCGAGUCCAGAUUUACCUCCUCCUUCGCCUCCACCUUUACUCGACGAUGAGAUGUACAUCCCAGACGAGCCAUUCCCUCCGCCUCCAAUCGUUGCAUGCGAAGAAGCCGCAGCUUUUAUCUGUGAUAGUUCCAAUAAGCCGGAUGAGCCGAUCAGCGUUCCUUUUAGUGAUAUUCCGUCCAGAUGCACACCUACUAAAAUCGAUUCCAAGUUGAGAACUCGUACUCGAACCAACUCCAUGUACGAAUCCAGCACCAGUACGACGAGUAAAUUUUCAAAAUCGUCUCGUUCCCUGGUCCCCGACGCCGAUCGCAGUGGACCUCAACAACCGGUUGAAUGCGUCGGUCGUCGAGUGGCCAGCGUCGUCAAAAGCAUCGACGACGGUAAAACAAACUGCAGCAUGGCUCGAAAAACCACCAAUGUGUCGAGAUUUUCGUCGUCGAGUUUUCGAACUUACAAGAGGUCUUGUAGUGAUUCGAUGGCCGGUGCUGAGAAGUUCCCGAAUAAGAUGAAUCCGCAGCCAACUACAUCGUCCGCGGCAUUUUGUGAUAAUGCUCAUAGGGCCAAGUUACCUUCGCAAGCUAAAAACGAUGCUCUACCCCAUGCCACUAAUCAUAUCGAACAAAAGGUUAAAGCCAUUCGUACUUUGUUCGAGGAUAAGUUGAAGAAAUCUAACUUUCAGUUUCCCUCGUUUUCGUUCAUUCAUUCGGAGAAGUUUCCUUCUAAACUGGAUCCGCGGUUUCCUCGCACUUCCUAUCAAUUAAGUCAAUCUUCCAAUCAUCGUGAAUUUCGUGAUGGUGAAAAAGGCGAAAUUUUCAACGCUGUGGGAAUUUACAAAAGGACAACUUCUCCAAUGCGAAGUGUUAAUGACUUCGAUAACGUUAAAUCUCGCGUUGCACUUGACGAUUCUCAAGCACACUCGCAUCAGAUCCGAACGCAAUCUCCACCGUACCUGAAAAGAUCCCCCAUAAGCGAAAGUUUACCACCAGUUAUAAAUUCUCCAAUCGAAGAAUCUCCUUUACUAGAUAUCGUAGAUAAAUCACCACCUUGUUAUCGUGCCAUUCCUUCGAUGAUCACCGACACAUCACCAACUCUGACAUCUUCGCCUCCCUUACCAUCACCCGUAUCACCGAUCACCGAAGAAGAUAAAAUCCUAACAGCUUUCAGAGUAUCGUCGAAUAUCGAAAUCGACGACGCCAACGAUACGCAUACUGCACUGGGACAUUACUUGAUUCAAUCUAGUCCUCAAGAUAAUAUCGAGCAAACGCACAUGAUGAUGGGAGAUUUCAGACCAGUUCAAAUUCCAAUUCCAGCCACUGUGUCUCCUUCGCUUCAUUCCAGAUCUCAAUCUAUCUCACCUAGUGAACUAUUCACAAUGACGAACGACCCAUCGAACGAUACCCCGACGCAUUUACGCUUACACGAAGAUACUAUAUCUUGUCUAGAUGACGAUGACGAUGAUGACGAUGCUGAAAGUAUCCAUCGAGAGGAUGACUGCAGCAGAGUGGUAGCGAUUCCGGCGCUGGUAGCGGAAGAUCUGUCGCCAGAUGCGAGUCCGAAAAAUAAUGCUGUCACGAUAGACGCAGCUUCGCAAACUGAUGUAGCUAAUUUGCCUCUGACGCCGACGCCAGCGGUAGCAUUACCGAGUACAUCACGAAAUACCGUACCGUCGAUUUUCGAGAACGAAAUUGAAAAAUUACGAAUCGAAGUGAUGGAUGGUCUGACGCCUGGUAAUCGUCUGUAUAAAAUUUUAGAAGUACCUAAAUCGAAUUCCAAAACAUCGACUGAUUAUUUAGAAAAUAUAUUCGAGCCGGAUGUCAUCUUGCCAGCAACAAUGAUGCAGAAAAAUCUUUCAAAUGUUAGACAAUCACAAGAUACAAGAUUGCAAGAAGGAAGCAUAGCUUAUUCGGAAUGCGCAUUUCAAUUACCGCAAGAAAUGAACACAAAAUUAAACAUAAGCGAAAACUGUGAUAAUUUUCAAAACAUGACUCGAUGCAUAAGUAACACAAUGGUUGGCACUACUGGCACCACCGUCAGCACUUCGGUUGGUAUUUUGCAAGAGAAAAAGAAUACAUUGGUGAAGCAUUUAACUCGCCAGCUAGAAAUGCUGAAAUCUGAACUGGACGCGAUUUCGCAAGAAAGUCGUCAAAACGAAGAACUAGGUGCGAUGAUUUGGCAACAAAUUAUGCAAUCGCUAAGCGCACGAGAAGCAUCCAAGUAUAAGUUACAUUUCCAAGAAGUUGGACAAAUUACCAGUUUACUAUUGGGUCUAGGGGCGCGUUUAGCCAAAGUUGAAAAUUCGUUGCAAGAUUCGUCACAACAAGACAGCCAAACCGAAAAGAAAAUCCUCGAAAACCGAAGAAGUCAACUGAUGCAGCAGCUAGAAGAUGCGAAAGAAUUGAAGAACGAUAUCGAUAAAAGGAGUUCUUUGCUGACGUCAUUGUUGCAUAAAUAUUUCAAUCAACAGCAGCUCAAUCAGUACCAUCAGUUUAUUCAAACGAAAUGUCAACUAUUGAUUUAUAAUAGAAAUUUGAACGAUAAAAUCUUCGCCAUCGAACAACAAGUUAACGCGUUGAAGGAAGAUCAAAUUCAGCCUUAUUCCAACGCUACGUAUUCGUGCAAUAAAUAAUUAUUUAUACAAUGUGAAAUAUACCUAGUUGUAUGAGCAUAGAGUAUCUGUAAUAAUUGAUACAAUCAACAAUGUAUGUAGUACCAACUUGAAUCGUACCACAAUUUUACAGUACGAUGCUAUGUACCUACCGUUUUAUCAAUUUUACCUACUUAUGUUUGUAGGUGUAAUGUUUUGUACCUUUAUUCGUAGGAUUACGCAUUUUUGCAUUUUUUUUCUUUACUUUUUUCCUCUUUUUUUUUUUCCUGUGAGAAUAAAUUACAUUAAUUAAUUGAAAUA